CCCAGCUGCGUGGGGGAAGGGCCAGCAGGUACUGGGUCCAUCGCCCCAGAGCCAGCUGUUUGCCUCUUCCGCCCAAAGGGCAGAUAGCAGGUGCAGGCUUGAAGUGCGCCUUGGGAAAGUGCUGGCGGGAGCCAAAGCCCCAGGGCACAGGUGGAGUCUCCGGAGGCAGCCUCCUGAGGUGACCUGAAGUGGCCAGCGGCCAGCAGCUCCAAGAAGGUGGCCAGGAAAAUGGGGAACCACGGCCUGGGUGUGCCGGGCCCCGCGCUCUUUCUGCUGCUUGUGCUGCGGCCUCCACUGCUGAAAGCCGGAAGUUUGCAGCACAGCGUCCGGGGCUCCAGAGACCUGCAUGGCCUCGUUCUAAGUGGGAAAAGCCUCCAUAACUACCUCCGCCCAAAGGGGGGAACUGUCCACCACCUCCGCAGCCACUAUUCCUGGGAUAACCCGGAAAAAGAUACAAGGCAAUCCUGCCAGAGCGCAUAUGACCUUUACUUCAUCUUGGAUAAGUCAGGCAGUGUGAACAACAACUGGAUGGACAUUUACAACCUUGUGGAAGAUUUUGUCAAAAAGUUCAAAAACCCGAAACUGCGGAUAUCCUUCAUCACCUACUCCACAGAGGGCCACACCCUCAUGAAACUCACCUCAGAUAAAAAUGAAAUAAGUGAUGGUCUUAAUAAACUUCAGAAUACAGUGCCUACUGGAGCCACAAACAUGCAUGAAGGAUUUAAAAAGGCAAAUGAGCAGAUUGAAAAAGCAAACUCUGGAGAAAACAAAGUUCCUUCCAUGAUUAUCUCCUUGACAGAGGGAACACUGCUACCAGAGUCCUUUGAUGAGACUAAGUACGAAGCUGCAAAGGCUCGGAAAAUGGGGUCAACCAUUUAUGCCAUUGGUGUAAAAGACUAUAGGAAAGACCAGCUGUUGGAAAUUGCAGACAGCCCAGAACACAUGAUUGGAGUGGACAAUGGAUUUAAGGAACUGAGAAGCAUCGUAGAACCACUCACAAGUAAGGCGUGUAUUGAAAUUACGAAAGUAGAGCCUUUGCAUUUGUGUGCAGGAGAAGACUAUGAAAUUAUGAUUUCUGGAAAAGGAUUUAAUAAUGCAAUAAACAAGGAGGAAGUUAUUUGUAGAUUCCGCUUCAGCGAUGAUAAAUUCUUCGAUAAAAAAGCCACCACUGUGGAUGAUAACACCAUAACAUGCUCAGGAGUAAUGAUACAAAAACCAGACCAGUUGGUCCAUGUGGAAGUUAGCCUGAAUAAUGCCAUCAGCUUCAUCAGGAGCGAUGCUAAUAUCACCAGCGACAACUGUAUGAGUGCCAGGAAUAUGCCAUCAGAAGGUGAUGAACCACCCUCUGCAGCUCCUCCUUCUCCAGAAGUCAUGACUCCCCCGGAAAACCUGGCAUCAUUUAUGCCACCUAUCCAACCUAUCUACUUGGUUGUGCUCCUCGCAGCUGUGCUCACAGUCCUGUGUCUUUCCUGCUGCUUCUGGCUAUGCUGUUGCAAAAAGCCCUGCAAGGAGCCACCAGUGCAGAAGAUAGUAAUGGCACCCGUGAGGGAAUGUAUACAGCCCCGCCCAGUGGUGGUCCCUUGUAGGUGCCGAGGAGGUGGGAUAAGACGGAUAGAGGGCAAACUGGACACCUUGUGUGACUUUGUGCAAAGCUGCAACCAGAUCCCAUUGAUGUGGUGUCAGCCCAGGAACGCGAGGAGGUGCCUCAACUUUGCCCGAUUGAGGCCCCCCUGCAUGAAGUAUCCCUGUACCCCAAAGAUCUGCCUUCUACCCUGCACCCCAAAGAUCUGCUUUCCACCCAGCCAGGAGUGCUUCCCCAUCAGCAACUGCUACUCAUGCUGCCAAUGCCCAUCACGCAAGUGUUCCUGGCUUCCCUCCAGGAUGCUGCCACUGAUGGCCCCCUCUUCCCGGGCACUCUGUGGAACCACUCUGUCACUCCCACCCCCAUAGCCCAGCCUCCAUCACACCAAAACCCCAAGGACAAAGCACCCUGGUGUCCUGUGGAUGCAGACAUGGAUGUGCCCCAGUCCCCACGGCCCACUCUUCAUCUGUCACCAAGGGCUGGGACACCUGGGAUUUUAGCCAAAUUCCGCUCUUUGAAAAAAGCCCAACAUGUCUUUGAAAUAAGAAUCCAAUCCUGUGUCUCCUUCCCUAAUUUUGUGUAGAGAGAAAGACUUGAGUUUCUCACCCUCCUUCACUCCACAUUCUUGGUUUUCAUUUUUUUCACUACCCACACUCUGAAUGUGUCCUAGAAAGAGACAAGCCUCGCCCAAGGUCACCAGCUGCCAGGGUAACUUCUCUUUCCAGAUACCCCAAACCGUCCUCAGGCCCAGAAGAAUUUUAGAGAAUCCUCUCCAUUUCCCUAGGGAAUGUAAACCUCCCCUAUUUGUCAUUUGCCAUUUGCAAGACCACAACCAGUUAUCUCUAACCCACGUCGAUAGUAAAUUAAAGUACUCUGCACCCUCAGCCUCAUGUCCUUGAAUGUCAUAAUUAUGCGUUUCAGUAGAAUUUCUGUAAGACAAGUACAGGUAAAAAAAAUACAUCAGGUUUGGGUUCUUAGUCU